AUGCUCUGUCAUACAUCUCUUAAUGUCGCAACAAAAACAAUAAAGAAAGCUUCACACCUCGGUUUCGUGGUCUUUCCUUUUUUUCUUUUCUUUUUUUUCUUUCCUUUUUUUUCUUUCCUUUUUUCUUUCCUUUUUUUUCCUUUUUUUUUUUUCCUUUUUUUCUUUCCUUUUUUCUUUCUUUUUUUCUUUCCUUUUUUUCUUUCCUUUUUUUCUUUCCUUUUGUCUUUCCUUUUUUUUCUUUCUUUUUUUCUUUCCUUUUUUUUUUUCCUUUUUUUUUCUUUUUUCUUUUUUUUUUUUCCUUUUUUUUUUCCUUUUUUUCUUUCCUUUUUUUCUUUCCUUUUUUCUUUUCUUUUUUUCUUUCUUUUUCUUUCUUUUUUCUUUCUUUUUCUUUUUUUUUUUCUUUCCUUUUUUUCUUUCCUUUUUUUCUUUCCUUUUUUUUUCCUUUUUUUUUUUUUUUUUUUUUCUUUUUUUUUUUCCUUUUUUUUUCCUUUUUUUUUCCUUUUUUUUUUUCUUUCUUUGUCUGGUUUCAUAGUCAUUUACCUUUUCUCUCUUUUGUCUCUUUUCCCGCACAGACACUUUUUUCUUUUUUGUCUUUUUCCUCUUGUUCUUCCCGCCAUAUUUCUUUUCUCUCUCUUUCUCUGUCUCUGUCUGUCUCUCUCUCUCUCUCUCUCUCUCUGUGUUUCUCCCGCUUUUUCAUUCUUCGCAUUUUUUUCUUUGUUUCUUUCUUCUUCUUUUUUUUUCACCCACUUCUUUCAUUCAUUUUUUCUUUCUCUUUCUUUUGUCUUUUUACCUUCAUCCUUUCCUAUUUUAUCCCUCUGUUCUUAUUGUCUAUCCUUCUAUCUUUCUCUCUCACUCUCCCUCUCUCUCACUCUCCCUCUCUCUCACUCUCCCUUUCUCUCUCUCUCUCUCCCUUUCUCUCUCUCUCUCUCCCUUUCUCUCUCUCUCCCUCUCUCUCUCUUUAUCUCUCUACUUCCCUCUUUGUCUUUCUUGUUCUCUUAA